AUGGAUGGUUCUUCGCAUAAUCGAAGACGUGUCGACCCAAAUGCAGUAUAUACUCAACCAUCUGGUCACAAAUAUAAUAAUGCUGAGAGGACUGAUUAUGUUGGAAUUACCAUAAGCGAUGAUUAUUCACAAAAGCAAAUGACUUCACUUCCAUUAAUGUCAACGUCAUCUCCCUCACACCAACAGCAACAAUUAAAUCCACAGCAUCAACCACUUUCUGCACCGAAUCCGUCUCAACAUAAGGAGGCCCCUGAGGGUCGUG